AUGAGCACCACGGCCUCCCCUUCGGAGACGCCCUCCUCCGGGAGCGGCUCCGCUAGGCGCGAGGGUUUAGGGUUUAGGGUUGAGGGUUUGGGGUUUUGGGUGGGGACUGAGCUGGAUGGUGGCAAGGAGCUGUACCGGCUGGAGCGGCACCUGCAGAAGGCCAUCUUCGGCGACGUCUACGAGGCUCUCGCGCUGUCGACUGGCCGACGCCUGGCCGUGAAGGUCACGGAGCUGGAGAAGAUGAGACUCCAGGCGAAGCACCAGACUCUUUGCGAGUCUCCGCUCUGCGAGAUCCGCUUCGCCGAGAUGAUGAAGGGCCUCGACAACGUGCUGCAACUCGAGGAAGACCAGGCGAAACUCCUGAUCCUGGACGUCGCUCGAGGCCUCGCAAGCCUGCACAUGCGAGGGCUCGCGAUGCAGGAUGUGACGCUGGAAAACAUGCUUCUGUUUGUCGACGAGGACGGGCAGUGGCAGGUGCGCGUGGGCGACCCUGGUCAGGCCGUUGCCUUUGUCAUGGACCCCGCCACCGGCCAGGAGAAGCCCGUUCCCUUCAACGGCCUGGUGGCGGAUGACUUCCGCCCCCCUGAGCUCUACGAAGAGCAGGACUACCUGGCAAGCCGUGUUGACUCCUGGUGUCUGGGCUGGAACACCUUCUACCUGCUCACCGCGGCCGCUUCAGCUGAUAAG